UUCAAUAUGGGCCACCAGAAUUAAGUAUUAUCUCACACCGAACAAUUUCCAACAGUCAAACAUUCCUGAAGUGGCUGCAAAAAUAUUGUCUAGCCCUACAACACCGAUAUUUGUAUAUCUACUCUUCGUCUAUUGUGAAUUAUAUUGAAGCAGCAGCUGUAGGGAGUUUGGUUUUGGUUCGUCUGAUUGUUUAAUUUGCUUGGGUAGGGUUUCGUAACAUAUUUGUUGCAAAUUGUGCCCUAUUUUCUCAUCAGCAACGUUGAAAGAACAAUCUUGAGGUUCCUUCAAUCAUGGUUGUAGAGACUACUUUCUUGAACUGCCCUUGAAUUCAAAGCAUCUGUGUACAACCAAGUCGACAGAGAUGCAUCUUGGGAUUUUAGUGCUCUUUAAAUAGAUGCUGUAUGGAUGAGCAGUGAAGGAAGAAAAAUUUGAAUAAGGGAAUCUUUUGCAGAGAAGAUGGUCAUUCCUCCACCUCCUCCUCCAACUAGAAUCAUAAAAUAUUUAAAGCCAUAUGUUUUAAAGAUGAAUUUUUCCAACAAAUUUGUCACAGCCCAAGUUUUUCAUGAGCCAACAGCUACAGUUGCCUGCUCCGCCUCUUCACAAGAGAAGGGGCUCAGGUCUACGAUGACAUCCACUCGUGAUGUUUCUGCUGCUAACAAGAUUGGGAAAAUUUUGGGUGAGCGUCUUCUAUCUAAAGAUAUUCCUGCCGUUUCUAUUUUCAUGAAAAGAGAACAAAAAUACCAUGGCAAGUUGAAGGCCCUCAUUGAAGGUGUAAGAGAGUGUGGUCUUAAAUUUAUCUGAGAUUCAUAUAUUUAUAUUUAUUUGACUAUCAUCUGCUUUUUGAUUGGUAUACAAAGUUUGUGUUUAACAUUCAUAUGCCUUCUGAGUUGAAUUUCAUUUUCUUUUUUGAAUAUUACAAGGCUGCAAAACUUUGUAAGCCAAUUUCUACUUUAUUUAAAGAUUUUGGGCCCGUGAAGUGACCAUGUUGUGUUGUAGGAAAAUAAUUGUAAAUAGUUAAGCAAGUACGGUAGAUUAAAUUUAGGCUUGUAUCAUUAUUAUUCUCUCCUUCACUGUGAUGCACUCCCCUUUUCUUUCAUUUUUUAUUCGAGUUUUCCCCCCUAUACCUGCCAUGUUUGGAAAUGAUUCUGCGUUUCACAAAUGUCUGGUUAUUUUGUUUUUAGCAUUAAUUUGGAUGGAGGGAGAUGAAUCGGAUCUGAUAAAAU